AUGUUCGCUGCCUCUGCGCGAAGCCGUCUCUCCACCUUGUCCAGGCCCCGGCUCCCUCCGACGUCACUACUCGCCCGCUCGACACCCGCUAUGGCUCCCGCUCGGAAAGCUUCUUCGGUCCCUGAGGGAUACAAGGAGGAUCUCUCCAAGGGGAAGAUGCUCCGAUUUGAGGACUCUCUGCCCCAUCUGCCGGUUCCCUCGCUGGAGGAGACCGGCCGUCGGUAUCUGAAGUCCGUUCAUCCGCUCGUCUCCCAGACCGAGUUCGAAAACACAAAGAAGGCCGUUGAGGCCUUUAUUCGCCCCGGCGGCGAGGGUGAGCCUCUUCAGAAGCGCCUCCUGGAGCGCGCUGCCGACCCCAAGAUCAAGAACUGGAUCGCCGAAUGGUGGAACUCCGCCGCCUACCUAGGCUACCGUGACCCCGUCAUCCCCUACGUCUCCUACUUCUACUCCUACCGUGAUGACCGCGAGCGUCGUGACCCUGUCAAGCGCGCGGCAGCCAUUGCUAGCGCCGUUCUUGAGUUCAAGGGCCAGGUCGACUCCGGCUCGCUCGAGCCCGAGUACCUGCGUGGCCAGCCCAUGGCCAUGAACUCGUACGAGUACAUGUUCAACUGCUGCCGUGUCCCUGGCGACGUUGAGGACUUCCCCCGCAAGUACUCUGCCGCUGAGAACCAGCACAUCGUGGUGGUCCGCAAGAACCAGUUCUUCAAGGUUCCCCUUGUUGUUGACGGCCAGGCCUUGAACGUCUCCGAGCUGGAGCAGCAGUUCAAGCGCAUCUACGAGAUCGCCCAGCCCGCCCCGCCGGUCGGUGUGCUGACUGUGGCUGACCGUGACCACUGGGCUGCUGCCCGCAAGACCCUCGUCGCUGCCGACCCCGCCAACGAGCAGGCUCUGCAGGAGAUCGAGUCUGCGGGUUUCGUCAUCUGUCUGGAUGAUGCCAAGCCCGUCACCCUGGAGGAGCGUGCUCACCAAUACUGGCACGGCGAUGGCUCCAACCGCUGGUUCGACAAGCCGCUGCAGUUCAUUGUUAACGACAACGGCACCGCCGGUUUCAUGGGCGAGCACAGCAUGAUGGACGGCACUCCCACCCACCGCCUGAGUGACCACAUCAACAACCUGAUCUUCAACAAGAAGAUUGACCUUUCGGCCAAGUCCGUGCGCUCGCAGCUGCCGGACCCCAAGCCCGUCACCUUCAACCUCAACGACGCUGCCCACGAGGCCAUCGACUUUGCGGCCCAGUACCACCGCAAGCAGAUCAACUCGCACGAGCUGGUCGUUCAGGCCUACCAGGGUUACGGCAAGGGCUUGAUCAAGAAGUUCAAGUGCAGCCCCGACGCCUACGUGCAGAUGGUCAUCCAGCUGGCCUACUUCAAGAUGUACGGCAAGAACCGCCCCACUUACGAAUCCGCCUCCACCCGUAAGUUCCAGGAGGGCCGUACCGAGACCACGCGUACCGUCUCCGACGAGAGCACCGCUUUCUGCAAGGCCUUCGCCGACCCCAACGUUUCCCGCGAGGAGGUCGUGAAGCUCUUCCGUGCCGCCAUUGCCCAGCACACCAAGUACACCCUCGAGGCUAGCGACGGCCGCGGCGUCGACCGUCACCUCUUCGGUCUGAAGAAGCUUCUCCAGCCCGGCGAGAAGCUGCCCUCCAUCUACGAAGACCCCGCCUUCACCUACUCCAGCUCUUGGUACAUCUCCAGCUCCCAGCUGAGCUCCGAGUUCUUCAACGGCUACGGCUGGAGCCAGGUCAUAGAUGACGGCUUCGGCAUUGCCUACAUGAUCAACGAGAACAGUCUCAACUUCAACAUCGUCUGCAAGCGCCUCGGCGCCCACCGUAUGAGCCACUACCUGAACGAGGCUGCCUCCGAGCUCCGCGACGUGCUGAUGCCCGACCUAGCUGCUCAGGCCGAGAAGGCUAAGCUGUAG